CAGGCUUAUUGAGUCAAAGCAGAAGAACAGAGUGAUGCACCAUCAAGACCGGAGGUCAGCUCUUCUACAAAUCCUUCUACAGAUCCUUCUAGCCACAGAUCCUUCUACAGAUCCUUCUACAGAUCCUUCUACAAAUCCUUCUACAGAUCCUUCUAGCUACAGAUCCUUCUACAGAUCCUUCUACAGAUCCUUCUAGCCACAGAUCCUUCUACAGAUCCUUCUAGCUACAGAUCCUUCUAGCUACAGAUCCUUCUCGGCACAGAUCAUUCUACAGCUGUUCUGUUUUCUUUCUUGUAAUCUGGUGGUCAUCAGAGUGUAGUAGUACAGUAGUUGGAGGGCAGAUCAAUGAGAUGAACUUACAAUGACGUGUGUCUUCGGUUUACACAUUUAUUUAAAGGAGAGAAGUAACGUGGAGGACUUUUAAAGCAAGAGGAGAAAGAAGAAGCUCCCCCACAUGGAGAAGGUCUUCAUGGAUGUAAUGGAUGGAAGUUCUCCUCGGAGGAGGAGGUACACCGUGAGUCGGUCCUCCUGUCUGUCCAGCCCUCCCCAGGCCCGGAGACCCUCUCACCAUGGUUGUGAUGCAAACGCAGUAUGUGAGCAGCGCCAGAGGAAGGGAGGAUCAGAGCGGACCCACCUGGACCUCGACCACUCACAGCCCCCCGGGAGGAGGAAGCCUCACCUGGUCAGGUCGAAGACGUUUGACCAUUCCCUGCUGAACCACCUGCCACCAGACACUGGAGCCAAGGUAGAGCAGAAGAAGCCUCACUACAGCCAGCUUUCCAAGACUAACUCCCAGUAUCAUAAAGUAUUUAAGGACAUCUGCAAAGAGGAGCUUCUCCGUCAGAGUUAUACGUGUGCGUUGCAGAAGGACAUCCUGUACCAGGGAAGACUGUUUGUCUCAGACAACUGGAUCUGCUUUCAAUCUAAAGUCUUUGGCAAAGACACCAAGAUCGCCAUUCCAGUGGUUUUUGUCACAAACAUCAAAAAGACCAAAACCGCCAUCUUGGUCCCCAAUGCCCUGGAGAUCUCCACAUCCAGGGACCGGUACGUGUUCGUCUCCUUCCUGUCCAGAGAUAACACAUACAAGUUCCUGAUGUCUGUCUGUCUGCACCUGGAGGAGAAGAGUCCCUGUGGCAGCCCCUUCCCCUCAGCCGACAGCAAUUUCCGGGUUCAAAGGUCAAUUCCAUCCCCACACUUCCCACUGGGGUUCCCCGCUGAUUUCAGUGAACUGGGAGUGAUGAGAGAUGAUCUGGAGGAGAGUAGUAGCUCUGACUCUCCCACCCAAGAGAUGGCUGAGUAUCCUGUUCCAACUCUUCUCGAGGUUCUAAAGCACCCUGAUGAACAAGUUCCCCUGGACCGGACGACCCAGGAGAUUCCAGUGCUCCAGGUUGAUGACAUGUGUUCAGGCUCCUGCAAGGUGAAAGAGAGAGCGAUGACGCCCCCAACCAGUCCUAAGUCCGUGUCCAUCAACACUCUGCUCUUCAUCUACCUGCUGCUAGUGUGUGUGUUAGUUGUGUCUUCCUGCUACAUGGCGUACAGGAUCUUCUCUCUGGAACACACUCUAACCUCCAUGAGCGACCUCUCCAAGUACCAAAAUGAGUUCCAGGGAGGACCUGCUGAAGUCCACACAGAGCUCUACUCUGAACUCACCCUCAGUCUCAUGAAGCUAGAGACGGUCCAGAGGAACCUCCAGAGACUGCUGGACGAGGUUUCUGCUUGACUUCAUCACUGCUGGAUGACGUCAUAUCUGCUGGAUGAUGUCAUCGCUGCCGGAUGAUGUCAUUGCUGCUGGUGGUCGCUGUGGAUAAAACAACUCAGCGCUGCUACAUGUUGAGCUUGUAAUCUGAGGGCUAUGAUGCUAUUUACAAUGCAUCGUGGUUGUUUUUUAGCCGCUGGGAUAGCUUAGCCUCUCUAUCAUGUGAUCAAAGUUCCAUUAGGAUUGACACAGCUGGGCUGAAAUCAAAUGAAGAAACCUCAAUCUUAAAUAGAUACAGCACAGCACUAACUAUCAGGACAAGCCUGUGGGGCUGGGCUGAUAGAGACUAACCACAUCCCAUGCCUCCCUAUUUUCGUCCUGCCUUAAUUUUGAAAUCUGUCAUAUCAGGGUUGGGUCAGGGUUAGAAACUGAUGGUCAGGGUUAGAUGGCUAACCCUUAACCUGUUCCAGUGUAAACUGCUACUGUGUGUUAUUUUAUGUUGAGGUGUGUCUGUAGUUCAACUCCUUAAUUAAUGUAUUUGAGGUUCAACAGUGAAUAUCCAGGGUGUCCAAAUGCAACUGGUAACCUCUUCAUAUGUGAAGUUAAAGAUAAAAUAUCGCAAAGUUAGCGUUUUGACAUCUUUUGCAUUCAGCUGGAAUUGCUGCGGUGGUCUGAUGGGUUAAGGUUAACAACUUUCACUUAUAUGAUGACAAUGUUCUUCCUACCUUGAUUUUUUUCUGAAAUUGAAUUUACUUAAAGGUAGAAAAUGUAAUAUUUCGGCAUUAAAACAUACGUACAAAUGACAAGAUAUAUGUUACAUACUUUAUUUUCUUAUGCACUAACAUAAUCCCAAAUGUUUUCAGCCAUUGCUAAUCUCAUAGUGAAACCCGAACUUUUGAAAUAGAAACGUCCCGGGCAAUUACGUUGAGUCUUGACGCCAUAAUUUCCCUUUAAGAAAAAGUAUCCAGUAAUACUGGAAACACGGGAAGCAUAGGGUUUAAGAACGGACGACAGAAAACUAGAUAGCUAUCCACUAUAUUGUGUGUUCAAUGUUUUUAUUUCUCCCUUGUGAUGGAACACGAUUAUUAUGACUACUGUUGUGAUAUGUAAAUGGUACUAGAUUAUAGCUAUGCAGAGUGACACGUCACUCCAUGAGCAGCGUAGGAAUAGCGGUGUUGGAUUGUUCCUGAACCUAACCUGAAGUAAAGAUACGUUGGAUCGUG